AUGUCCGAGGACUUCGUGAUCUACCUCCCGCCCGUGCUGACGGCGCUGCCGCUCCAGCGCACAACGCCGCCGCGCCAGCACGACGGCCCUGUCCGCGUGGCAGUGGCGACGCGCCUCUCCAACGAGGUGCUCCUCAGCGACACUCCAACGAUCAUCCAGGAUCCGAGCACGGGCACGAUCCGCAAGGUCGUCGCGGACAGCCGCGACAUGGAGAUCAUUCUUCCGGACGGCACGCACACGACGGUGCGCGAAGUCGGCGAGCGCCUCGACGUCGAAUUCAUCUCGACGGCCUCGACCAACUGGUCGUCGGUCGACACGACGCUCAACGAGAAUGAUGCCGAUGCUCGCUUCCAGAUCGAGGGGCGCAUCAUCUCGCUCAUGGAGCUCGGCGAGUACUGCCUGGAGAACGCCAUCUUCCUCGGUGUCCCGCUGCACAACGUCCGCUCGGCUCUCAAGGCCAUCUGCGACUACAUGAGCGCCGCCAUGAGCUCGCGUCAGCGUCCUGCGUGGACUGACGUGCGUCGCGUGCUCGACCUGAUGGUUGCCGUUCGCUUCGGCUCCGGCCCGGGCAUCGCAACCGCGCGUUGA